GAAUGCGCCCCAAAGCAAGUUUUCUUCCUACACUUGGACAUAUUAGACCUGGGAAUACCUUCAUAUACCUCUCGUGUUAUUGCUACCUAUUGUCGACCUACCCGUCUUCCAUUGCUAGGUUUUAUCAGCCGUGGUCAAUUGUGCAUCCUUCUUCCUACUCAUAUUAAAAUACCAAGCAUAUCGGGGCUGAUAGAGACCGUCAACAAGAUCUGCUCAGCCACUCCUCGUCAUCGUCUGUACUACAGAAAACAACCCUGAAAUACCACCAGAGGCAUCUUUCUACUUUAAACAUCACAACCCAUCACAACAAACACACAACUCUACAAACAUAAGCUCCUCUUAAUCACUCCAGAAAUCUUACACUGGGCCUUUCUUGGUAGAUUUUGAAGCUAAUAUUGGGAAAUGUCCUUCAAGGGCUUUCAAAAAUCCCUGGUCAGAGCGCCUCAAACGUUCAAAGCCAAGUUCAAUCUAGGGGAACAAACAAAAGAUGCCGUUUAUAUCGAUGCGGAACGGCGCUUCCAGGAGCUGGAAACCGAGACGAAAAAGCUGCACGAUGAGAGUAAAAAAUACUUUGAAGCUAUUAACGGCAUGAUGAACCAUCAGAUUGAAUUCUCCAAAGCGAUCGCCGAAAUAUACAAACCAAUUUCAGGAAGGAUGUCCGAUCCGGAUUCCCUGGUUCAAGAAGGGAAUCCGGAGGGAAUCAGGGCAUGCGAAGAAUACGAAGAAAUUUGCAAGGACCUCUUGGCGACUCUGCAACCAGAGCUGGAAAUGAUUGAGACAAGAGUGAUUCGACCUGCCGAUGAAUUAUUAGAGAUUAUCAAGGUGAUCAGGAAAACUGCGCUCAAACGCCAACACAAGCAAUUAGAUUAUGACAGACAUCGAGCAACACUCAAGAAACUACAAGACAAGAAAGAGAAGAAUUUGAAGGAUGAGAAAGCCAUGUAUAAAGCGGAGAAUGACGUUGAACAAGCAACUCAGGAGUUCAAUUAUUACAAUGAUCUCUUGAAGGACGAGUUACCUAAACUUUUUACGUUGGAGCGCGAGUUCAUUCGUCCAUUGUUUCAAUCGUUUUACUAUAUGCAGCUGAACGUCUUUUAUACCCUACAUGAGAGGAUGCAAGGAUGUGAUAUUGGAUACUUUAAUCUCCAGCUCGAUAUCGAGGAAGGUUUCGAGGCUAAACGAGGCGAUAUCCGAGACCAGGCAGAAGCACUUUCCAUUGUGAAGUUCAAGACGACGGGAGCCAGACGUCCACCAAAACCUCUUGCUCUCGGCGGACCCAACCGUCUUGCCAUAGAGAACAAGCCAUCUACAUCCACAGCGCUGACUACGUCUCCAAGCCGCCGCGCAUCCACUGACUUCCAAUCAUCGGAAAAGCCACCACCGCCUUAUUCUUCGAUGUUAUCUCCUACGAAUCCUGGUAACAGCGUGAUGCGAUCAGCGUCGACAGGUAGUUCAUGGGGUGCUGCCGCGAAAGCGAAAAAGGCGGCACCUCCACCACCGAAACCGAAGCCAUCGAGGCUUAGCGGUGCGCCACCUGCGGAGACUGCUACCGCACUGUAUGAUUAUGAAGCACAGGCAGAGGGCGAUUUGAGCUUCGGUGCUGGAGAGACAAUUGAGAUUGUGACAAGAACUAGUAAUGAGAACGAAUGGUGGAUUGGGAAAAUUCACGGAAAACAAGGGCAAUUCCCUGGGAACUAUGUCAAAGUCAAUUAAGAUUAUAAGUCUGAGAACAAUAAUUCUUAUCAAUACCCUUACAUGGCAAAACUUUUGAAUCAUCAUAUUCUCGGGGACCUUUUGGGAUUGCGCAUUUAGACAAGUAACAAUUUUUACUUGAAGAACAACACGGUGCAUCGGAGUAGGACUUCGGAGCAGAGGAAUCGACGGAUAAAGACGCGGGUGUGGAUCUGAGCAUGUACUUACAUACCAAAUAACUAAUACGAUGC